AGAUAGAGGGAGGAUAGAAGGAGACGAAUGGAUCAGACAGCAGUAUUUAGUAUGAGAACCUUUACUAAUGAGGCCUGCAUAGUUAACACAACGAGAAAAGAGAAUCGGAGGGAGAGAGAGAGAGAGUGUGUGUGUGUGUGUGUGUGUGUGUGAGCGAGAGAGAGAGAGAGAGGAUGGAGGGAGGAGUGAACGACCGACGGAAAAUGAAUCGCAAGCUGCAGGAGAAUAGGUUGUCAGCAUCCAGAGCUCCAAGGUCUGAAUCUCAUUAAAGCGUCCGUACGUCUCUCUCACCUCCAGGAUGGAGGGGCUGCUGCGGCUGAGUCUACCCGGAGCGUGAGGAGCCUUCCUGGGCUUCGUCUGCGUCAUCCUCCCCCUGUCUCUCUCUGCCCUGGGCCCCCUAUACUCAUCCAUCACUUGACCUCUGCAGUGCAAGAGAGCAUCUGGACCCACACGACACCUCCCCCCUAAUCCCCCACACUGAGUUGCCAGGGCAACCAUGGACGGACUACGCCUGCCACCGGUCAUCGAGGAGGUCAUGGACCCUGCAGAUGACAUAUGUGACGUGAAGGUGGAGAGGCCUGGCAUUGUGGACAAGCUGACGGCCAAAGAGAGGGAGUCCCUGGAGGAGAACGAUGAGAAGGAGGAGAAAGAGAAGGAGGUGGAGGUGGGGAACGGCGAGAAGGGCCAGCAGGAGGAGCAAGGAGAGGAGAAGGAGGUGAAAGGGGAGGAGGACGAGGAGGAGGAAGAGGAGGAAGGAGGAAUGUUAGAGGAGGAUGACUUGGAAGAGUUGAGGUCCCAGGUGCUGCAGCUGGUGUUGGAGCUGGAGGAGGCCAGGGAUGUGUCUCAAAGACACGAAGAGAGCUUCAUGGAGCUACAGGGUCUGUUGGAAGAUGAGCGUCUGGCCAGUGCUCACCAGGCGGAGAGCUUUACCAGACAGAUCCAGAGACUGCAAGCUCAGCUGCGUUCGGUCCAGGAGGAGAUGGACUCUCUGGAGGAGGAGAAGGAGAGUGAGCUGGGGGAGGUGCAGGAGGAGCUGAGGUCUGCCCAGGAGGAGGUGCUGGUGCUGCAGCAGGCGGGGGAGGAGGCAGCAGCGGAGAGGGAGAACGACAUCGCCUCCCUGCAGGAGGAGCUGUGUCGUCUGAGGGCCGAGCUGCAGCGUCUCCGCACCACGGCCCAAGAGUACGAGCUGGAGAUCACCACCCUGCGGGCUGAAAUCAGAAUGAAGAGCAUGAGGAGGGAGGGAGAGACUGACGGUGAGGUAAGCCAGCUGACGGCGGAGUGUCAUGCGAUUUCAGAUGAGUGUCAGACCCUGAAGGACGAAAACAAACAGCUGAGCCUCAAACUGCAGCAGCUACAGAGAGCCGGCUCCAAUGAUGUCUACCUGGCCUUGAGAAGGGAGGGGGAUGAGGACCAGAAAGAUGAGGGUGUUGGGCAGGAUGAGGAAUCAGUGAAGGCUGGAGGCUACAUGACCCUGUCUCAGACCCAGGGUGGGCAGACCCAGACUGGGCAAGGUGGGCGCUUGGUGGAUGCCUCCAUCCAGAAGAACAUCUCGUUCGAUGGCAAGCCUAUCACCAACUGGAACGGGGGACCCUCUGAAGCCUUCUCCCUACGAGACCAGCUCAAACUGGCUGAAGAGAGGGCCUCGCAAGUACAGAGACAAUGUGAGGGGUUGAAGGGGGAGCUUGCGGACCUGCAGGGGCUGUUUGACUGCAGCCAGAAGGAGAGGGUUGAGCUGGAGCAGGAACUGCAUCACUAUAGGGCGGAGCUAGAGAGGCUUGGCGGCAAGAAGUCAAAGGAGAGCGAGGGAGGCUGGAACCUGGUGGCGGUGGUUGCCGUGGCAGCGCUUGUAGUCCUGAUAGUCCCCAGCCUUUCUAGAGCAUUUACCUGAGGACUACACAGAAAGGAAGUCACUGUACAGGAAAUGACUGUGCCGGUUGCCCAUGGCAACACUGGCAAUGCCAUGCCCCUAUCUCAUGAUGCCCCCGUUCAAAUCUCCUCCUCGAUUCAUCUUCCAAGGAGGACUACAUCGAAAAACAUUUUCACCAGGAAAUACAACACAACAAGGAAGUAGUCCCAUACAUUAUUCAAGGAGAAAUACAUAUACCUGUUUAAGCCACUCUAACGAUAAGGACUGCAAUAUCUUGUUUCUCUCUUUAAAGUCCUUCAGUUUGACUCAAUCGGUUUCCCUCUCUACUACUCUUCUCUCUGCACUUCUUUAGAUACACUUACGAGUUUAAGGGAACAGCAUUAUAUAACAGUGACUGCCUCUGAGUUUGUGGCAGUACUGUGUCUGCACGGGCGUCAAUGGAAAGACACAAUUUGGCACAGAACAUAUCUGAGCAUUUAUUGAUUGAUUGGUUUAUUGUUUGAUUGGUUGAUGGUUGAUUGGUUUAUUGUUUGAUUGGUUGAUGCUUGAUUGGUUUAUUUACAACCUGUACAGGUUGAAUUGUGAAAAGCUCAUGUCUUAUUGUUUCCUUUGCACAUAUUGAGUCACUGAUAAGAUGUUUCUCUUUCUAAUGGGCAUGUGGUCUUUUCCCAGACCCUACCCCUCCUUUUGAAUCACUUUGAACAUUGCCAAUGCGAAUGUCUCUGCUACACUUUGCGUGUCUUUACGGCUCACAAUUGACUAUCUUAACACUUUUCCUUCUGUUUCUGUUGUGGCAUGCUCUUUAUACGUUUAAAUGAAGUUGUGUGGAGGAGGGUUUGAUUAUGUGAGUUUGAUGUAUUGGAUGUUUGUCUCCUUUGUAAAUGGUUCUUUCUCUCUCUCGUCUGCAUCUGUCACUCUCUCUCACUCUCUCUCUCUCUCUCUCUCUCUCUCACUCUCUCUCACUCUCUGCACUUUCUCCUUAUUGGUUAUUGGUUAUAUGUGUAUGGAACCACAACCACUAUACACAUCUAUACAGAUGAACAAUACUAUCAUAAAUGCAACUUGGGGUAUUCAAUUUGACAGUCCAAAUGAUUUCCAGCUAGAUGUCUAUUUUUGUAGCCGUAGGAACAAUUUGUCCCCAAGACUGAGGCGUUAUUUAAUGACUGAUUCCACUGUGUUUGGUUAUGCUUAGAAGCAGAACUUAACAAGGCUCGUUAUUUGAAAAAGAGAGUUAUUUUUGUAAAUAGACAUUUGUGUUUAAAUGUUUUGCGUUUAAAAAAAAAUAUUAAUCGUCACACACAUUCUGAAAAAUGACAAACAAUCAAUAUAGGCCACCAAAAUGAAAAGUGGAGCCAGUGAUGAAAUGUGGACCAUUGUUUUCCAAGAUGCGUAUUUUGGGUGUGUUCUCUUACCUAGUCUUUUCGUCUUGUACCGCUUGCGUUCUAAUCGCUGAUAUCUAUGUUCUCUAACGAUGAUGCCCUUUUCUUUGUUGGCACGAAGCACACAGUUUAUUCACAGGUUCUGUAUGGGAACUUUUCAGUGUCAUUGCUGUAAACUUGACACAAAACAUUCCAAUGAUAGAUUGACUUAACAACAGCGAGGUGACACUGUUGUCAUGGAGAAGACGUCUAACCUUUACUCUGCCGUUUCGGGCACCUACGGAGUGCACCGAGAAUACUUUUUGACUCUUACUCUAGCUUUGGCAUGAUUUAGCUACCGUGUAAAUACAUAGCAAGGCAAAUCAUUUAAACUCCUUUGCGUGAUCUGUGGAGCAAAAAGUCAGAAAUGCGCUUUGCAUUGGAGGUGGGACGGUUAUUUUAGACUUAAAUGGUCUUUGUCCAAGAACACACAACGACUAUGACUGAGAGAGCAAUCUAACCAUAAAUGUUUUCUUUUCUAGAGGAUCGUUUGUGAGAAAUGUGUACAGAAUGCAGUAAGCGUUAUAGCUGGUGCCUGGAUUCGUAGUGUGCUGUCAUGACUGACAGUUAGUUGGCUUGUUUCAUAGAUGUAUGUAGGCGAGCUAAUUCGCUUAAUUCCGUGGGUGUGUAGGUGACAAGACAUUGAAAGUGUGCUUAGCCAAUAUUCUUCUGUAUUCCAAUAUCCCAUUGUAGAGUUAUAGCAUUAUAAAUAUGUAUAGGUAAUUACUGCUUCUAGUUUGUGCUAUGAAUCAAUAAAUUACUACUAUAAGUAUAUAAUAUUAGUUUCAAUACAUGUUUCACAGUCAUAACUGUGUGAUGGGCAAUUGAACACUGAGGUGUACUGAAACACAUGAAUGCUUAUAGGCUAUGCAUAGAAUAUUUUUUCCACAGUGCAGAGACAAUAUAAGACCUCAUUGGUAGGUAAAUGCAUGCUACAGUGUAUGUAAAAACGAUAUCUGUAGUUUUGUAACAAAAUGUGGUAUUUGUAUUGUGCUGUAAAUAGGAAAUAGUUUUUCACAGUUUAAUAACAUGGUUUGUUGAUUUGAGAGCAGUUCUCGAUUGAGUAGAGGUUUCUUUUUGAAUUGACUGAACACAGCCAGUGCAUGAAUAGUGUAUAUGUGUGAGACAGUAACAUGUAUAGCUAUUGCAUGUUAGGCUUAGUAAACAACUUGCAUGCCUAUUGAUGGGUAGAUGUAGUGACAGUCAUUUCAGCCAAUCCAUUGUGACUGUCUUCAUGCAUGACUAAUCAGAAUCAUUUGUGAUUUUUGUUCUAACUAUGUCAGUCUCUCUUCGUUGAUUUACUACUUUACUGGGUUGUCACUAUUAACAUUUUCACUUUGGUUUCAUACAGUCCCUUCUAUUCUAUCGCACUCUACUCUAUUCUACUUUUCUUCUUCAAUUGUCUGGUCUCUACACUGGUCUCUGCAUAGAUUGUUCGGGUAUUUAUCUUUUCUGCUGUGCUUCAAAUACUGUAAAAUCCACUGACAGUGUCCUUUUUUUCUACCCUGCUUCUAUUCCAGCAUGGAAGCUUAAACAGUAAAGGCGAGACACAUUACGGAAACUAUUCCACAUGUCAAAACAACCUGUGCUCUUAACUAGAAACUGGCUGCUGCUCACUGUAUGUGAUGAUGUGAAGUUUGACCUUUGACCUUAUGUAAAGCUGCAGCUCGUUCUGUAUGUCUCUCUGUCUGGGUCUGUGUGACAUGGCUACUGUCAAUGUCUCUUUUAUGCAGCGCUGAAUCCGAUGUUGCCAUAGUCUCUACUACAGCACCUUGUCAGUCAAUGUCUCAAUGGGCUUUUAAUGAGAAUAUUGUGAGUAUUUUGGUAAAUAGUCUGUACAUUUUGUAAAUGAACUGAGAAAUAAAAGUAGUUUAUCCUCAUUC